AGGUCUAUAAAAAUACCUAAAGUAAAUUGUGGUUUUUCGAAGAAAUCAGUAAUAAUUCUUGGAGCAACGGAAAAUAUAAAUUCUGCUUCUUCAAUCUACAAUGCAGAUGGGUCAGGUCUGUCUACUGUGCCUAAUAAGCUACCCAUGGUUCUCAGUCCUACAGGAUCUAAAAGAGUUUCUAAAAAUGCUUUAACAGACAGAGGAAGAAAUAUAACUACAGCUUGUUGCUUUGGCGCUACUAGCUUUUACCUGCCAUCUUUUCGAAUUUUUGCCAGAAAACGAAUGCUUCCUGAACUUGUAGAAAGAACCCCACCAGGAACUGUAGGCCAGUGUAAACAACCUAUCACAGUAAAAAAUAUUGGUGAUCUUUUGAGCACUGCUAACUUUAAAACAGUUACAGUUGGAAAUGCCGUUAAUGGGUUUAAAGAAUAUGGGAUCGAACCUUAUAAUUCACUUAUGUUUCGCAAACAUGACUUUGCUGCUGCAAAAACUACUGAAUAUGAUGUUGUUGGUAAUCAAACUGAGAACAAUAAUGGUAAUCGUAAGACCCAAGUAGUAGAAAACCAUCAUGUAAACCAUCGAGAAGAACUUAUAACAAAUGCUAUUUCAGAUGCACCAAAAAAGUUGAAGUUGAGAAAAUCAGAAAAGAAGUUUCAUAAUUAUUGUCGAGAAAAGUUGUUUCGCAAAAUGAAUUUUAAGCUUUUUUUGCUGUGUGUUCUACCGACAGUCGUCUUAUCCAACAGCGUAAUCUCAAAACGAGAUAUUGAUGACGAUUUAACGUGGGAGCAAAUUGGAACAAAUGUAUGUUUCCAUGGAAACAACGAUGCUUUUGGUGUAGUAAUGCUUAAAAAAACUGGGUUCCUUAAAGCGAUUAAGUUAUCGUAUCUAUCUGGAGCUAUACAAUGCUCUGCUUCAGAAAAAGGCAGUAAUUGGGGAUGCGCUGAUCAAACUAAACUUAAUGUUUUUAUAACUGACGAAAAAAAAGAAGUUAUAUUCCCUCCAAAGAAUGAAGUAACACUAGCCGCCGGAAACUGGUAUACUCUUCCAGGAACAAUAUCAACAGCUUCCGAUCUUGUCUUCAAAAACUUUUGCUAUCCAACAUAUGUUAGAAGCAUGGAUCACCUUCAAGUAUGGUGGGGAGAGGAUCUAAUAAAUCAUGGCUGGCAAGGGGAUAACUCUGGACGAACAUGUGUAAACGUUUAUGCGGUAUUUGCAACUUCUGCAGAUUAGAAACG